AUGGCUUCUCCUCUGCAAACACUGAUCCCCACAAUGGUUCUGCUAAGCCUGGCUAUUGGAUGUGCAGAGAAAGUGAGUGGAAUGCGUUACAUUCCCAACUUCUUCACUACUACUAGUGAGCCAAAACACUCAGAGUUUGUUGUGAGCAUUGCACCCCAACCAGCUGGUCUCAUCCCUAGACUAGGAAGAUUCUUGCUGCCUCCCCGAUCUAAGAGGCCAUUCCAUCCUUACAACGAUCCAGUUGCUGCUGCUCCAGCCACUUCUUAUGGAAUCCCUAGUAGUUUUGCCCCACACCCUGGAUAUGAAGCUUCCGGUCCGAGCUCUAGAGAAGAUGAGAUUCCACCAGUCCCACAACCACUUAAACCAGUUAACGCAUAA